AUGAGACUGUACCAGAGUGACCGCACUGCCGGAGUCCAGGAUGGCCCGGAACGGCUUUCCAUUUACUUUCACUUCCACCUCUGGAGCUCCAACUGGCAGGUCACGGUGCAAAAUGCGGGGAAGGACUCGGAGAAGACGGUCUAUCACCGCGCGUUCCGCCACCUGACUAGCCGAUGGAGCCCCCUCCAGCAGCCAGUGCUGCGCGAGCUGCGUGAGCUGCGUGAGUUCGGCGGCCUGGGCACGGGCUGGCAGACGGGGCUUAUAUUCCCAUUAGUGGAAAGCAGAAAGGGAUUUACGUUUGCUAAGGUCCCUCCCUCUAUCCGCAUUAGAGAGAGUUUGCGCGUAUGUCAGAGGGACUAUGGUGGAGGGCUGGUGAAGACGAUGGCAGCUCUUUGCGAGGAUGGCACAUAUGGACUCAACUGUGGCCGCAAGAGCGACAGAAUAUCAGUUUUACAUGUUAAACUGACAGAAUCCGCCUUUAAAACGCUAGAAAACUACCAAAACUGUAAGAAUGCACGGUCCUCACAGGCGACGAUACGUUUUCAGGGUCUUCAAGGUUGCAUUAAAAUCCCAACGUCAGACACUUCCAAUGGCUUUCAUAACUUCGACUUUUAUCUGUCCAACUUUGGCAAAGACAAUCCUCAAGGAAGCUUUGAGUGUAUCCACCAGUACAUAUCUAGCUCUGGGGUCCCCCAUCUGUCCUCCCUGGGAACGAUUCAAGACAAAAUCACAGUAUGUGCCACCAAUGACUCCUACCAAGUGACCAAAGAGCGUGUGACCAAAUCAGAGGAUGAUAAAAGCAAAAACAGCACCAAAUUCAUCAGACCUGGAGGACCGUUCAGAGACAAAAAAGUCCAGCACCGAAAACCGGCCCCCUCAGCCCCCGACCCAGUUCCAGAAAGGAAGCAGACCACCCCCCUCAACCCAGCCAACACCAUCCGCAAGUGCCUUACCAACAACCCCGUAUCGCAACGGCCAUACCGGGACCGCGUCAUUCACCUUUUGGCCCUGCGCUCUUACAAGAAACUAGAGCUGCUCGGCAGACUGCAAAGAGACGGCAUCAGCCAGAAAGACCGCAACUCUUUGGGCUCUACACUACAUCAGGUGGCCAGUCUAAACCCAAAGGAUAACUCUUAUUCGUUGAAGGACUUUAUUUUCCGUGAGGUCCAGAGGGACUGGCCGGGCUACACGGAGGAUGAGCGGGUUCAGGUUGACAGGAUCCUGGCACGUAAAUUGGGUUUGAAUUCAGAGUCUGUAUCUUCCAGCAGUCCAACCAAAGAGCCAACAUCCCCACUGAAACGCCAACCUGAGACUGACUUCAUUGACCCUCUGAUGUCAAGGAAGCCCCGAAUCUCCCAUCUCAGUAACCGAGGACCCCCCUCCUCUUCAGGUCGUCAUUCUUCAGUGACUGAAGACAAAAAACCUGCACCCACGGCCGCCUGCCCAGGACCCUCUUUUCACCCUACCCCUGUCACAGGCUCCAGUUCAAACUCCCCCAGUACGCCGGAGGGCGGGGGGUCUCAGGACCUGCCCCUGGACCAGAGCUCUAUAUGCGGGAACUCCUCAGAGAGCUACGCCCCCCGCAGCCACACGCCCAGCCCACCCAGCCAGCCAAUUUCCACGACGUCCCCCUCAUCCUUCUCCACCUGUACCGUCUCUACAACCACCAUUACCUCCACCACUACCACCAGCAGCGGCCACCAUGUUUCUUCUGCCGCAUCUUCUACAGCCAGCCAUGAUGGCAAUGGUAGCAAAAAGCCCAAAAAGUCCAAGAAGCACAAAGAUAAAGAGAGGAAGCAAGAAGGAGAGCGAGAGAUGGAUCAGGAUAAGGACCGAAAGAGGGAUAGAGAACAUCACAGGGAGGAUCACUGUGAUAAGGAAGCACAGCCCAGGAAGAAACACCGGAAUCAGGCAGAACAAAGACACAUUCUCGCCAAGAUCAGCCACGAAUCGGACAGAGAAGCUGGCAAAGACAAGCUUGUCAACAGCACUGAACUUCCAGUCCCAACAAAGCCUGAUUACAUAGUUAAGUACACAGCAGUGAUAUCUAUGGAUCAGAGGCAGCACUAUAAGAAUGACUUCAAUGCAGAAUAUGAUGAGUAUCGUAUCCUUCAUGCCCGCGUUGAGAGUGUUACUCAUCGUUUUACAAAAUUGGACACCCAGUGUAGACGACUGGCACCAGGAACUAAAGAGUACCAGGAAGUACAUGAACAGGUGCUGCAAGAAUAUAAAAAAAUUAAACAACACAGCCCAAAAUAUUAUGAAGAAAAACAGCGCUGUGAGUACCUGCACAACAAACUGGCCCACAUCAAACGGCUCAUCGCUGACUUCGACCAGCGGAAGGCGCAGUCCUGGCUGUAGGGCACAGGACCAAGCAACCCCUUUUGGCCAAUCAAAGCACUCCCUAACCGGAGGACCAUCUUGAGAAGAGUGUGGGGAUCAAACAGUUCCUUAUUUAUUCUAUUUACAGAUUCCCCACUCGCCUGUUUUCCCAUAUCUGUCCAUCUUCAUCACUCUAUCUUCUUUUCUUCCUUAGUCAUCCUUUCCCAUACCUUUUAUUCUUUCAUUUUCUUUCUUUUUGAAGGACUUUGCAAAAGAAAAAAAAAGGACAAAGAAAAAUUAAACAUUUUUGAAUGCAAAAAGAAAGUUUUCAAUGCAAAACCGUGGGCCUUACAGCGCAUAUUCCUUGAAGCCUUUUGCACAGUGGUGAUCGAGCCAGUACAUGUGAAAAGUGGCCAUAAAAGAGGGUUUUUCCAAGAGCCUUGAGACUUCCUUUCUCCCGAUGGCCCUGUUUUUCUUUUUUCUUUGAACAGCAUCAGUAUUCACACCCACAGUGCAAAUGAUGCCUUAAGGUAUUAAUACAGACACACAUCGAUGUGGCGUCAGUGAGAAUUACAAGCACCCGGGGCAGUGAGGAGAAAUUACUAUGACCUGAUCGCAGGUCCAGCGCACAUUCGUGGAAGGUGUGAUCGAUGUUUGCUUGUGAGAGCUAGAGAAAGUGACGAGUGAAAAUUGUGUGUUUUUGUUAAUUCUUGGGAAGGAUUGUGGGUCAGAAACUACAGGAAGAGAGAGGCUCUGGGAGGAGGGUUGGAUAUAAACUAUAAAAGAGGAAGGGGGGGACGGAAAGCAAAAAUCCCCCCAAAAAAAGCUGCUAUAUUUUGUUUUUUCUUUGGACAGCCAGAGCCUUUGGGAUCAGUCUGGCUCGUGUUACAUGUUCUUAAUUUGGGCCUGCUCUGUUUAAGAAAAUCAUCGAAUCAUCUUGAAAGCAAAGGUGCUACUGAUUUAUGAGGAAAUGCAUUGAGCAGAGGCAGACCUGUAUAUCCAUUUCAAAUGUAUUCAUUAAUUAUUACAAGUCUCAGAGCAGAGCUAUUUAUGAAAUAUUAAUAGAAUUAUAUAUUUUUUGUUUUUUUGAAUUAAAAGGAAUUGCUGGAGUUUUGAGCAUUGAAAAAGAAACUGAUCAAAUAUGCAUACAAGUCUUUAUUUCACAAUAUCAUUAGUGAUAAACUUCUUAAAGAUUAAGGGAAACGUUAUGUUUACAAAACCUGUGUGGUAGAAAGUUUUGCCAAAAAAAAGUGAUAAAAACGCAACAAAAAUGCUUUCAAUUCUGUGUUUAUGGUCUGGAAUAAAAUGCAUUUCUCUGAGUGAUAUGACACUUUGUCAUCUAAAAGGAGAUGGUGGUCGAACACUUACAGUGUCUUGAUAUAUUUAUUUUCUUUGAUCAUUGUUUAGGGAAAAGAUCCAGAAUGCAGUUUUGUGAAUCAGCUUUGAAAUUCAUUGCUUUCAAUUAUGCAAAUUCUAACUGGAUCAAAUAGCUCCAUGGUGGAUUCUGAUUGGCUUGUUGAUUCUUGAGGCUUGCUGCAUUGUAUUUGCACAUUUUAAGAUGUCUUUUUGAAAUCUGAAAAAUUCUCUCUCUCCCCUUAUGUUCACAAUUAUUCCAUUGUUAAAGCCUGGGAGGUGUUUCCUUUGUUUUCCAGUGUUGUAAAUUGAAAUUGAAAAACCUGAGUGAACCAUUCUCAAAAUAACCAUAGACGAAUGUUUGUUUUCAGUAUUUGGGGUGGCAGAUGGCAUCUUACUUGCUUUUUUUUAGGGGCUUACAUGUUAUCAAACUCCCCAAGAUGUUCUGUUGUGUGAGCUUCUGUUCAUUUUAGUCGCCAUUUAUAGACUGGAUGCAAUGUCAGAUGACAACCAAAUACAAGUCGAGGUUAUUUAACAGAGAACUUGAGCAGCACUUUACUUCAAAGAUGCUUAUUUCCUCAGCAUUCAGAUAGCCUCCACACUGAACCCUAAAGAUUUUGGAUGACACUAAGAAGUGUUGCUUUGAAAGGAGAAUGUGCAUCUACACAUCGAACUCUGUAUCAUUCUAAUUUGGGUUGGGUGGGGAAGUAUUUGGUGAUGUGUGACCAACACCUGUUUUCUUUCCCUUUUGAAGAGACUGUGCCUCUGACACCACUAAAAAGAAAUGUUAAUGUUGAAUAAUAAGCCAAGAAUCUCAUAACACUGUCAUCUCGUUUUAAAGGUGGGAUGGGGGUUGUUUCAGACUGUAAGAGAAUUCCUGACCUGUCCACCUAAAAAUGUAUGAAAUCAGUUCAAUAAAAU